UAUUCAGUUCACGGGCAGACGUGGUCAGCGCGAUACCUAUAUGUAUAAACAAGCGGUGAAAUCGGCUCUUACUUCAGCAGUAUAAAUUUACACGGAAGUGGAUUUGUACGAUUUUCAAACACGCAUCAUAGAGGAUUUUCAUAAUGUUUUGUUACUGCAGUGUAGCGAUCGUUGCCAUUCUCUACAUUUUAUUCGAUGUCAAUUACUUUUUGAGAAUCGCCUUCACGCUCGCCUGGGGAAGACUCUUUCAGAAGAGAAAGAAAAUUUUUGAAGAAACUACCAUCCAUGGCAUAUGCACCACCCAGGAUGUGGACCUAUUUUUCAGGAACAUGAACAUCGCGAGGUAUGUCAGGGAAUUGGACUUCGCCAGAUUCCAUUACUACGAUAGGUCAGGAAUCUUCGGAGCUAUCAGCUCAAAGGGCGGCAGUGUCGUGCAGAGUGCUUCUUCCGUACGAUACAGAAAAGCCCUUGGAAUAUUUACACCAUAUAAAGUUACUACCAAGCUGAUAUAUUGGGAUGAAAAAAACUUCUACCUGGAACAGCAGCUGAUCAGUUUGCCAGACAAUUUCGUCCGUACAGUUGUCUUGAGCAAACAGAGUGUAACUGGGAUCAAGAUUCCGAUAUCGGAGAUCAUCGCCAAAGUAGAGCCGGAAGCCCGAAGGCCCGAACUAUCCAAAGAGUUGAGGCUUUGGCUUGAAUCGAUGGAGGAAUCUUCUCAAAGACUGAAGAAACAAAAGUAACGAGCUUGGAAGGAUGUGCCCUUCCAAACUAUCAAGUUAAUCAUAUCUUGCCAAUAACUGUGUUAUUUUCCUUAUGAGACAUACGAUUUGUGAAUAAUUUCUCAAUGUGGUGGUAUAUUGUUACAGUGGGUGAGAUCUUCAAAUUGGAUACCGGUUUGUUUUUUGUUACCUAUUAUCUAGUGAUUCACUGUUUGUCGGUACUAGUUAUAAAUCACCAUUAAUUAAAAAAGUACAUCACAA